UGGGUUUUCCAUUUUUUUUCUUUUGUGUUUUCCUGUUUAUAAGUUUCUCUUGUUGUUCUUGAAAUGAACUGCAAAGCGCUUCUUUUUCUUUUUCUUUUUUUUUUUUUUGUUAAUUUUCAUAGAUUAGUUAUAAUAUGCACACGAAUAUAUUUUCUACUUGAUUGCUAGUGAUUGAAAAAUCUAGGUUUUGAAGUUGGAUUCUAAGCAUCUUUCGAGUUAUUUUUUUAAACAUUUUUUACAAAGAGAAUAUGCGGAAAUGAGUUAAAUUAUAUCCACAAUUUCGGUAAAAUGUUCUGUUUAGUGAUUGAUGGUUUUAUGAUAUUAAUGUACUUCUUUGAGACUUAUCUGGAUCUGCGCCAACAUGCUGCUCUCAAACUGCCAACUCUUCCAAAAACAUUGGAAGGAGUAAUCAGCCAAGAGAAUUUUGAAAAGUCUCGAGCCUAUAGUCUUGAUAAGAGCCACUUCCAUUUUGUUCAUGAGUUUGUGACAAUCUUGAUGGACUCUGCAAUUUUGUUCUUUGGUAUAUUGCCUUGGUUUUGGAAGAAAUCAGGAAAUUUCUUGCCUUUAGUUGGUCUAAAUGCAGACAAUGAAAUACUGCAUACCCUUGCAUUUUUGGCUGGUGUUAUGAUAUGGUCACAGAUCACUGACCUGCCCUUUUCUCUCUAUUCAACUUUUGUAAUUGAGGCCCGACAUGGUUUCAACAAACAAACAAUAUGGUUGUUCUUUAGGGACCUUAUCAAAGGAAUGUGUCUUGCAAUUGUACUUGGUCCACCCAUUAUUUCUGCUAUUAUUGUGAUGGUACAGAAAGGAGGUCCGUAUCUGGCUAUCUACCUUUGGGCAUUUAUGUUUGUCCUUUCUCUUGUGAUGAUGACACUUUAUCCUGUUCUGAUAGCCCCACUCUUUAACAAGUUCACUCCUCUCCCUGAAGGAGAGCUUAGGCUUAAGAUUGAGAAACUUGCUUCCUCCCUCAAUUUUCCUUUAAAGAAGUUGUUUGUUGUCGAUGGAUCCACAAGAUCAAGCCAUAGCAAUGCCUAUAUGUAUGGGUUCUAUAAGAACAAGCGUAUUGUCCUUUAUGACACAUUGAUUCAGCAGUGCAAAAAUAACGAGGAAAUUGUAGCUGUUAUUGCUCAUGAGCUGGGGCAUUGGAAGCUUAACCACACAAUGUACUCCUUUAUUGCUGUGCAGAUUCUUACAUUUUUGCAAUUUGGAGGCUAUACUCUGAUCAGGAACUCAACUGAUCUUUUCCGAAGUUUUGGGUUUGACACACAGCCAGUACUAAUUGGCCUUAUCAUAUUUCAGCACACUGUAACACCAAUCCAACACCUUGUAAGCUUUGGUCUUAAUCUUGUAAGCAGAUCAUUUGAAUUUCAGGCUGAUGCCUUUGCUAAGAAGCUUGGCUAUGGAUCUGCUUUGCGUGCUGGUCUUGUGAAGCUGCAGGAAGAAAAUCUGUCGGCUAUGAAUACAGAUCCUUGGUACUCUGCUUACCACUAUUCUCAUCCUCCCCUUGUGGAAAGAUUGGCUGCAAUUGAUGAACAUGACAAAAAGGAAGACUGAUAUGGAGGAGAAACAUCUAAACUGGCUUUGGAUUAUUUCAUUUCAUUGUAAUAUUUCUUGAUCUGUAUCGAGUUGCAUCCAGGCGCUAAAAAGCACACUUGUUAGUCAGAAACCUAGUUUACAGGAACUAAACAAAAUAAAAAAAGGGAAGAGAAAGUGGUUGGAAAAAACAUGGAAUGCAACAAAAGCAAGCUUUGACUAAUAUGUUGUGUUCUAUUUCUCCAGUCUUAAGAGUUUUGUCUGAUCUGCAGGUCUAUUUGAAAGUGGAAAAAAAAAAAAAUCAUGUUUUGGGGGAAAUACUUAAUGUAUUAUUACUAUGAAAGUUGAAGCUUAAUUGAUGGUUUAAACCACUGAUGUA